AUGGCAAACGGCUGGUCCCUCAUCAUCUCCAUCAUCGUCGUCGCCCUCAUCGGCGUCGCCGCCUGGCUCUUCAGUCCCAAAGGCGAGAACCAAGCCGUCUGGCGAUCCACCAUCAUACUCGCCACUGCGAGUUGCUGGCUGAUGUGGGCGAUAACAUUCCUCGCGCAAUGGCAUCCUCUCAUCAACCCCGAGCGGAAAGACCUACGACCUGAGUUCAAUCGAGUCCCCGGGCCUGCGAAACCGAGUCCCGAUUCGAUGUUCUGA